AUGUGACUAGGUGACUUCAGCACACUGAAAAUGUACAUCAUUGGAAACUGGCAAACCAUAUUAUUUGAAAAUGGAAAUCUGUUUCUAAGCUCAGUGCAAUUAGUCCAUCUGACAUCCAACCACACAUUACUUUUCGCUUGCUCGGUCAAGUGUUCUAAGAAGUUUGAUAGCCACUCGAUUGCUGUUUAGGUUUUUGUAAAAGAAUCAUGUGUGACUUUUAAUUCAGAAACUUUACAGCACUUGGUACAGCUAACAUUCCAGUAAUAACUGAAUGAUUGUAUUACUAGAAUCAAAUGGCAUUCAGGAAACUGCUUAAAGAAGUGAAACCAACUGUGGUGCACUUGUACACAAAAGUCUCUACAACGAGGGACGUUUCCUAUUCGACAACAGCCAAGACUCUCUAGAGGAGAUGUAAACUACUAGAGUUGUAACAAAAAAAACUGAAUAGCAGGGUUUAAACAUUAAAUUGGUCGGAUUAGAAGAAGUUAACAAUCCCAGGAGGGGCUGAUACUGUUUAAAUAAAGAGUAGUGAUCAUAUAAAGAAGAGGAACUGACUGAAAUGGCUGAUAAGCGUCAUAUGCAUCGCCUCGGACUGAUAAUCCUCUGUUCAUUUCUCACAGGUACCUUUGGAGUGGAUGACACUCACAAGUUCUGCAGUUCUGGUGAAAAUGUCCGUCUGCCCUGUAAAAAUGCUCUGUCUGACUGUACAUCAACUACAUGGACCUAUACCAGACAUUCAGAGGAAGUUGAACUGAUUGCUGGAGGGGAAAAGAAGAAAGACACAGAGAGACAUGAGAGACUGAGUCUGGGCCCUGACUGCUCUCUGAACAUCAAGAAAAUCACAAAAGAAGAUUAUGGAUUUUACAUCUGCAAACAAUAUGUGUAUGAACAACAAUAUGGAAGUGUUGCACGUGUUUAUCUGCAUAUUCUUCAUGUCUCUCCAUCAUCCUCACAUUCAGAGAUCAGACCAGGCAGCUCUGUGACUCUCUUCUGUCAGUUGUAUAUUGAUGGAGUCCCUUGUGAUACUUUGGUCCGUGCUGAUGGAGUCCAGCUGAUCUGGGUGAAUCAGGCUGGUGCGAAUCUGCAGACAGACUCCAGAUAUAAAAAAAAACCAAAAAUACAUAUUUCCAAAACACUGACUACAACAAUCAUAAAUGAAUAA